GGUUCAGGCGGCACUUCCUCUUCCGGCGACGUCGGAGGGAGUUGGGGCUGCCAAGAUGGCGGCGGCCUUGGCGGCGGGGGCGAGGUUGAGGGCGGCCGCCUUCCUGCUUCCGUCUGCAGUUCGAUGCCAGAGUUCCCAGAGCACGUCGCUGCAGCAAGGAGUUGUGGCCAAAACAUCGCUGAGUUCUCCCCCAUGGCCUGAAGUGAAACUUCCAGAUCCAGUAGAAGAAGCAAAGCAUCAUGCAGGUAAAGGUGUCAAGCUCCAAGUGAAGGCUCACACUCCGAUAUCGCCAUUGAGGUGGUCCAGAAAGUGAACGAGAUGAUCGCAGCGGGGCAGUAUGGACGGCUCUUUGCCGUGGUCCACUUCGCCAGCAAGCAGUGGAAAAUCACCAGUGAAGACCUGAUAAUGAUGGACAAUGUUCUGGAGGCAGAGUGCGGAGACAGAAUCCGUCUGGAAAAGGUUUUGCUGGUUGGUGCUGAUGACUUCACUCUCAUUGGAAGGCCAAUCCUAGGGAAGGAGCUGGUGCGCGUGGAGGCUACUGUGAUUGAAAAGACGGAGUCAUGGCCAAAGAUAAACAUGCGCUUUUGGAAGAGGCACAACUAUCAACGGAAGAAAAUCAUCGUACACCCGCAGACCGUCCUCCGGAUUAACAGCAUCGACAUCUUCCCCUGCUUGUCAUAACACAUCAAUUGGGUGCUGCGAGGCUUAGGUUUGUUCUUGUUUUAGGCAGUUGUGGAAAUAAACCUGCCUUGUCACCGAGAGGUUCUGGACUUGGUGCAGUAGUUGGAAAUGGAAAUCUGUAUGUACUUUCUUCCUAAAAAACCCCAAAUGAACUAUUUUUUUAAGCUA